CCAGGUACAGGCCAGUCCCCCACUAACAACAUGCAUAUAAACUGCGGGUCGAGUGAUGGAGUCCCCGCAGACUAGCUCGUAAGACAAGCAAGCACACGCGUCUCGUAGUACUGGGGGAGAACGACGAAGCAAACACCACCAAGAUAAUGACGUCCAAGGGAACGAGGCCGUGGAGCAGGCUCUCCGAGGCCGAGACCGCCGUGAACCGCGCCGUCGCCGGGAGCCGCGUGGGGAGAUACUUCAAGCUGGACGCGCGCAAGAGCUCCUUCACCAAGGAGCUCCGCGCCGGCGCCGCCACGUUCCUCACCAUGGCCUACAUCAUCUCCGUCAACGCCGCCGUCCUGACCGACUCCGGCGGGCCGUGCACGGUGCGGGACUGCACCCCCGUGCCCACCAACUCGACCGUGGCGGCCACGCCGCCUGGGCCGGAGUGCACGGUCGCCGGGGCUAAUAACCCGGGGUACCAGCAGUGCCUGGCGCGCACCAAGAGCGACCUGGUCGUGGCCACGGCCGUGGCCGCCAUGGCCGGCUCCUUCGCCAUGGGCCUCUUCGCCAACCUCCCGCUCGCGCUGGCCCCCGGCAUGGGCGCCAACGCCUACUUCGCCUACAACAUGGUCGGGUUCCACGGGUCCGGCCCCAUCGGCUACAGCACGGCGCUGGCCGUCGUGAUGCUGGAGGGCCUCGUUUUCUUCGCCCUGUCCGUCGUCGGCCUCCGGUCCAGGCUGGCGCGGAUGAUCCCGCGGAACAUCCGCCUCGCCUCGGCGGUCGGCAUCGGCCUCUUCCUCGCCUUCACGGGCCUCCAGGCGCACCAGGGGGUCGGGCUCGUCGGCGCCAGCCCGUCCACGCUGGUCACGCUCACCGCCUGCUCCGACGUGGACACGGUCACCGGCGCCUGCCUCGGCGGCACCAUGCGCAGCCCGACGUUCUGGCUCGGCGCCGUCGGCUUCCUCAUCACGGCCACGUGCCUGGCCAGGGACGUCAAGGGGAGCAUGAUCUUCGGCAUGCUGUUCGUUACGGUGGUCUCCUGGAUCAGGGGCACCAGCGUCACCAUGUUCCCGGACACGCCGGUGGGCAAUGCCGGCUUCGCCUACUUCAAGAAGGUGGUGGACUUCCACAUGAUCCGCAGCACCGCGGGGCAGCUGAGCUUCGGCGGCUUCCGGCACGGCAACGUCUGGCUCGCCCUGCUCACGCUCCUCUACGUGGACGUCCUUGACACGACGGGGACAAUGUACUCGAUGGCCGAGUACGGAGGGUUCACGGACGGCGCCGGCGGCGGGUUCGAGGGCGAGUACCGCGCGUUCCUCGUGGACGCCGGGUCCACGGUGCUCAGCGCGGGGCUCGGGAGCUCCACGGUCACUACCUACAUCGAGUCCACCGCGGGGAUCCGGGAGGGCGGGCGGACGGGGCUGACGGCCAUCACCGUGGCCGCCUGCUUCCUGGCGUCCCUCUUCUUCGGUCCGCUGCUGAUGAGCGUGCCGCCGUGGGCCGUAGGCCCGUCGCUGGUCCUCGUGGGCGCCAUGAUGAUGCGCGUCGCCAAGGACAUCGAGUGGGGCGACAUGAAGGAGGGAGUCCCGGCGUUCGUGACCAUGGCGCUGAUGCCGUUGUCCUUCUCCAUCGCCAACGGCAUCAUCGCCGGGCUGGGCGUCUACGUCGCGCUGCACUGGUACGACUGGGCGCGCCACGGGUACGGCAAGGUGAGGAACGCGCUGGACGAGCGGCGGAACCAGGUGGCCGCCGCCGCGGGCGAAGUCGGACCGGCGGCGCAGGACGUCGUCUGAUCGGUCUCCGAUGUGUUUGACCGUAGCAGGUCAUGUUGUUUACUUGUUUAGUAGGCUAAUUAGCUUUGUCAUGCAUCAUCGCUUUUGGGGGAGCUUUCAGAUGGCGUCGCUGGAUUAGAAGUUCGGUCGGCACGGGUUGGUGCUGGGCCCUACAUGCCCCUGUGUAUGGACUAUGGAGUAUGUAUGGUAAUGGAGUGGGAACAACUGAAUGGGGCCUGCUCGGAGAUUCUUGAUGUGCAAGGAGGUGUUCGUACUUUGACCA